AUUCUGCACUGAAGCAGGUUUUUGUUUCCUUGUUGCGAUCUAUUUUUGCAACUUGUAUUGUACUCUUAUUUUCACAAACUACUAGGGGUUAUUUCUGGAUAAGUCCAGUGACUCUAGUCUAGCAAAUACGGUGCUGACCAUUUCAUUGCACAGGGUUGGAAAGGGAUUCAUUUUGAAUACAGGAGGCAGUUUCUAGCAUUCUAUCAUACUCAGGUAUAAAUCUGUAUUAGAUAGUAUAGGUUGUAUAGGCAAUAUUGCACAUACCUGUAUUAUUGAAGAUAGCUUAUAUCUUAUUGAGCAGGUAUGGCAGUGAGGUGGUGUUCCUUUGGGUUUGUGUUGUUGGUAGUGUUUGCGUGUUGUGCUGAUGCACAGCCUAACUUGAGGUUUCCUUCAAACAACAACCCCCAACCCCAAAUUACAACCUCUACGCCUAGGCAGCCCCAGUGGCCAGAGCCCCAGUGGCCACAGCUGCAGACUCACCAGAGAUCAGAGCCCCAGAGGCCACAGCUGCUGACACCCCAGAGACCAGAGACCCAGGGGCCACAGCUGCAGACUCACCAGAGACCAGAGCCCCAGGGGCCACAGCUACAGACUCUCCAGAGACCAGAGCCCCAGAGGCCACAGCUGCAGACUCCCCAGAUGCCACAGCUGCAGACUUCUCAGAGACCAGAGCCCCAGAGGCCACAGCUGCAGACUCCUCAGAGACCAGAGCCCCAGAGGCCACAGCAGCAGACUCCCCAGAGGCCAAAUCAGCAGACAUCCCAGAGACCAGAGCCCCAGGGGCCACAGCAGCAGGCUCCCCAGAGACAAGAGUCCCAGGGGCCACAGCAGCAGGCUCCCCAGAGGCCAAAUCAGCAGACAUCCCAGAGACCAGAGCCCCAGGGGCCACAGCUACAGACUCCCCUGAGACCAGAGCCCCAGAGACCACAGCUGCAGACUCCCCAGAGGCCAGAGCCCCAGAGGCCAGAGCACCAGUGGCCACAGCAGCAGACUCCCCAGAGGCCAGAGCCCCAGUGGCCACAGCUACAGAUUCCCCAUAGGCCAGAGCUCCAGUGGCCACAGCACCAGACUCCCCAGAGACCAGCGCUCCAGUGGCCACAGCAGCAGACUCCUCAGAGCCCAGUGAUCCAGUGGCCACAGCUGCAGCUGCAGACUCCCCAGAGGCCAGAUCCCCAGUGGCCACAGCUGCAGACUCCCCAGAGGCCAGAACCCCAGAGGCCACAGUUACAGACUCCCCAAAGGCCAGAGCCCCAGUGGCCACAGCAGCAGACUCCCCAGAGGCAAGAGCCCCAGUGGCCACAGCAGCAGACUCCCCAGAGGCAAGAGCCACAUGGGCCACAGCAACAGACUCCCCAUAGGCCAGCGCUCCAGUGGCCACAGCAGCAGACUCCUCAGAGUCCAGAACCCCAGAGGCCACAGCUGCAGACUCCCCAGCGGCCAGAGUCCCAGUGGCCAGCAGCAACCACAACUCCAGAUCAGAGAUGUCAAGUACAGGUUCGGGAUACAGUGCAAUGUGGAACCCCAGAUAUUACUCCAUCUCAAUGUCAGGCUAUCGACUGCUGCUUCAAUGGACAGCAGUGCUACUAUGGGAAGGCAGUGACUGUGCAGUGUACCAAGGAUGCUCAGUUUGUGGUGGUGGUGGCCAGGGAUGCCACUUGGCCCAAAAUAGACAUUGAUUCCAUCAGUCUGUUGGGGGGAAAUGACAGCCCAUGCAGUCCUGUUGCCAUCACUUCAGCCUUCGCCAUAUACCAGUUCCCUGUCACUGCCUGUGGCACCACUCUAAAGGAGGAGAGUGGUUAUGUGGUUUAUGAGAACAGGAUGGCAUCUUCCUAUAACGUGGGGAUGGGACCUCGAGGCUCUAUCACCAGGGACAGCCAUUUUGAGCUGCUGUUCCAGUGUAAGUACUCUGCCACUGCAGUACAGGCUCUGGUUAUUGAGGUGAACACUGUUCCUGCACCCGCUUCUGUUGCUGCUCCGGGACCCCUCAGAGUGGAACUCAGACUGGCCAAAGGAACAUGCAACACCAAGGGAUGUAAUGACGAGUCGAGAUCCUUCACAUUGUAUUACACUGAGGAAGACUACCCUAUCACUAAAGUCUUGAGGCAGCCUGUGAACGUUGAGGUUCGCAUCCUGGAGAGGAAGGAUCCCAACCUGUUCCUGAUGCUGGAGCACUGCUGGACCACCUCUGCCCCCAGCCCUGUCAGCAUGCCCCAGUGGGAUCUCAUCAUUGAAGAUUGUUCCUACCCGAAUGAUAAUUACCUGACCACCAUGGUUCCUGUGGAACGUUCCUCUGGCCUUCUGUACCCCAACCACUACAAACGCUUUACCCUCGAGAUGUUCACCUUUGUGGAUCACACUCUGUCUCCCCAGAAAGAGCGGAUUUUCAUCCACUGUAGUACAUCUGUGUGUUACCCUACUCCAGAGGUCUCCUGUGAACCGAAAUGCAACAGGCAAAGGAGAGAUGUUGCUGCUGCUCAGAGGAAGACUACACAGACUGCUGUGGUCUCCAGUGGAGAAGUGGUCCUGGUUGACAAAAAGCCUGUCUACCCUUCAGACCACUAAUUCAACCAGUUGCAGUUUGUAAUGGGGUAUGAAAUAAUGUACUCCGUACUUCCAUACCUGUUACAGCAGAGGAAUUGAAAAGCGUUUUUCUUGGCGAUACUUUCUUUGUUCUUGAUUUGUAAGAAACUUGUCUCUUAUAAACGUCCGUGUCCAGUUGCCGGUGGUACUCCAAAAAACGGAGAAUAUUCAGAAAGAUAUUAAAUCCACUUUUUGCACCAAGUGAGGAGUUGCCUCCCGAUUUUAGCUGCCAGACAUCUUGCAUUUCCCAACAUCUUUGCAGAAACUAGUCGUUUCUAUGCGACGUCGCCACGGCUGACAGCAUGUCACACAGUGCGACCAAAACAAAGAUCUAUACACGUGCAAGAGGCGUUUCUCAAUCUAUGCAAAACGUGGAUGUAAUAUUUUUCAGAAUAUUCUCUGUUUUUUUUAGUUCCACUUGCAACUAGACACAGAAGUGUGCUACCCUACUCCAGGGGUCUCCUUAAUACACUGGAACCUUUCGAACCAAUAACAAAGAAAGUAUCACCAAGUAAAGGUUUGUUGAAAAUAUCCCGAUUACAGCAAGACAACAGCUUAUGCAUGACCUCAGACACAAACUUCAACUCUACAUGGUUAUAAUACAACAUGAGCUCCUGAUUUUGCUACGUAUUUAUUGUUUCUAAUAAACAGUUGUACCACAAAG